AUGCUGCUCGAUUAUCUACGCAAGCAAGCGGGGUUGCGUGGAACAAAAUUUAUGUGUCGUGAGGGUGGUUGCGGAGCUUGCAUUGUCACUGCUGCCACCGGCCCAGGGGAGACUCCAAGAGCAGUCAACUCGUGUUUAGUAUCUAUAACAUCGUGUCAAGAUUGGGAUAUUACAACGAUAGAAAAGGUGGGCAACAGACGGGAUGGAUAUCAUCCGAUACAAAAGACUCUAGCAAAUGAAAAUGGCACCCAGUGCGGUUAUUGUACACCAGGCUGGGUAAUGGCACUAUACAGCUUAUUGAAGAGUAAACAGAAUCUAACAAUGUUAGAUAUAGAAAAAUCAUUCGGUAGCAACAUCUGUAGAUGCACCGGCUACAGACCUAUUCUGGAUGCGUUCAAGAAGUUUGCUACAGAUGCGCCGGAUAAGCUGAUUAUGGACAUUGAAGAUUUGAAAAUUUGUAACAAGACAAAUAAGCCAUGUAACAAAACAUGUGCCGGUGAAGAGGGCGAUUGGCAUUUAGUUAGCGAAAGUUGUGUGACACAGGCCAGUAAGAUAGAAUUGAAUCUUAAAGACGGAAAGAAAUGGUUUAAAGUUUAUGAAAUUUCAGAUAUAUUUGACAUUCUAAAGGUCGAAGGUGAUGAUUCUUAUAUGUUAGUUGCGGGGAAUACAGCAAAAGGCGCUUAUCCAAUUGAUGAAUAUCCUCGUAUUUUAAUCGAUAUAAGUGGAGUUUCUGCAUUAAAGGGACAUGAAAUUGAUCAAAAUUUGAUAAUAGGAGCUAAUACGACCUUAUCCGACGCUUUAGAUAUAUUCGAUAAAGUUUCAAAAGAAGAAGUCAAUUUUGGAUAUCUACGAAAAUUACAUGAUCAUAUUCAGUUGGUGGCUCAUAUACCUGUUAGAAAUCAAAUGCCACGCAGUCAAAAUGCUCAUGCCAUAGUGAAUGCUGGUUUUCUAUACAAAUUGAACAACAACAAUAUAGUUCUGGAAUCCCGAAUUGUAUUUGGUGGUCUAUCUCCCCAAUUUAUACGAGCAUUACAAACCGAACAAGUUUUAAUAAAUAAGAAUUUAUUUGAAAAUAAUACCUUACAAAGUGCCAUAAAGACUUUAGAUAAGGAAAUAAUUGUAGAAGAAAAUCCUCCAGAACCUUCCGCUGAGUAUCGAAAACGGCUGGCUUUGGGGUUGUUUUAUAAAAAACAACCCGGUGUGGUAGCUUUUUAUUCGGCUAAAGAUAUACCAGGGAAGAAUUCUUUUAUUAUGUUGGGUCUUAUUGUAUUCAUAGAAGACGAAGAAGUAUUUUGCAGUAAAAAAGUAAAUUAUUAUAAUCAACCGCUAGGUAUGAUUGUAGCGGAAUCAGAAGCUGUAGCUAAUAGAGCUGCUAAAUUAGUUAAAGUGACAUACAGUAACAUUAGUACACCAGUUCUUGAUAUAAAAAAAGCAAAAGAUGAUCCAACGAGAACGAAACUCUUCUUACCUAUUCCAGCUAUAGGCAGAGGUUUAUUUGUAGAUAAACGUUUCAAAAAUAAUUAUACAAUUUAUGGGCAAUAUCAUUUGUCAAUGGAAACUAUUAUGUGUGUGUCUACACCAUCGGAGCAAGGACUAACUGUAUAUUCAAGUACACAAUGGAUGGAUUUUGUACAGAAUACAAUAGCUAAAGCUUUAAAUAUAGACCAUAAUCGAGUGGAUGUGUAUGUGAAUCGUCUUGGAGGUGGUUUUGGCUUAAAAGUUGGAGUUGAUAAAAGAGGGCUUGUACAAUACUUAAAUUAUGAUCUCUAUGAAGAUAAUGGUUAUACCACUAACGAAUUAAUUUCUGUGCUUGGAAUUGAUGCGCAUAGCAAUUGUUACAAAAGGCUGUGGUGGGACUAUAAAUGUUACAAUUCUGUUACUGACAACGCUAAAAAUACGUGGUGCAGAGCACCAGCGUCAUUAGAAAAUAUAUCUAUGGCAGAAACUAUCAUGGAACAGAUUUCAUAUGUGACGUCAUUAGAUCCUUAUGAAGUGCGCAAGACUAAUGUUAAUAAUUUAUUACAUAAUGAUAUAUUAGAAUUAGCAGAAACUUUAAAAACGAAAGCAAAGUAUUCUGAAAGAAGAGCUGCUGUGAAUAAAUAUAAUCAAACAAAUAGAUGGAUAAAGCGAGGCCUUCGAUGGGCAUUCAUGAGAUACACCCCUCUCGCACCCGCGGGCUAUCAAGUAAAAAUGAGUGUAUGUCACGGUGAUGGAUCUGUUAUUAUUACCCACAGUGGAAUUGAACUUGGUCAAGGCAUUAAUACAAAAGCUAUACAAAUCGCGGCGUACUUUUUGAAAAUACCUAUAGACAAGAUUCAAGUUAAAUGUGCUAACUCAAUCGCAGGUACGAAUGGAAUUAUGACGAGUUCAAGCCUUACUUCACAGAGUAUAGGAAUGGGAGUCGAAAAGUGUUGUAAGCAACUUCUUCUAAGAUUAGCUCCAAUAAAGCUUUUGCUACUUAAUCCACCAUGGGAAACUUUGAUAAAAAUAGCACACAAGUUAAAAGUUAAUUUGCAUGUUGACGAUUUCGUGAAUAAUAUUAUAUCUCCGAUAUUUUAUGUUUAUGGAGUCAGCUUGGCUGAAGUUGAAGUUGAUAUAUUGACAGGAGAGUCUGAAGUUUUGAGAGUAGACUUAUUAGAGGAUGUUGGACGUAGCGUAAGUCCAGAGGUAGACGUCGGUCAAAUAGAAGGCGCAUUUAUAAUGGGAUUGGGUUACUGGACUUCCGAAAACUUGGUCUACGAUAAAAGUUCAGGAGAACUUCUCACGGACAGAACGUGGAAUUAUCACGUGCCUCAGGCCAGGGAUAUACCGCAAGAUUUUCGUGUAUACUUCAGAGAAAAGUCUUACAGUUCAGAUAUUGUUCUCGGAGCUAAAGAUGGUCCAUAUACCACAGAACAACUAUGCUUAUCAGCUGCAACAAGACUAGAAGACUUUAAAUUUAAUUAA